GCCUGGCCCCACAGCCUCCAUUUUGCGGGGCGGCUGCGGGACAGAGGCCGGCGGCUCCGCGGCUUCCCUCAGAAUGUCAUACCCAGGCUAUCCCCCUUCUGGCUACCCUGGUUUCCCUGGCUAUCCUGCUGAGAAAGGUUAGACUACCGCUAUGGAAGUGGAUCUCACUGUACUAUGGGCACAGUAAUCUGGGGCUAAGAAAUAUUGGAGCAACCAAACCUGAGGAAAACAUCUGAGCCAACAGGGCAGGAGUCUGUCUAUCCACCAGCUGGUCAGUACACCUACCCUGCAGGAUACCCCCCUGCAGGAGGAGGGACCUACCCUGCGGCACCACCAAAUGCUGGGUAUCCAGGGGCAGCGGGAUAUCCUGCCCCAGGGGGCUACCCUGGAGCUCCCCAGGCUGGAGGAAUGCCAUCUUACCCUGGAGCCCCUGCAGGCCCUGGGUUUGGUGUGCCUCCUGCUGGCCCUGCCUUUGGUGGCUAUCCCCAGCCUCCUGUCCAAAGCUAUGGUGGAGGUGGACCAGCGCAAAUUCCAGACUAUAGUGGUGGACAAGCACCGUCACCAAUGCCUGGUCUGCCUGCAGCAACGGUUCAGUAUACCCAGGGCACAAUUCAAGCUGCUCCAAACUUUGAUGCUAACAGGGAUGCAGAAAUUCUGCGCAAAGCUAUGAAGGGGUUUGGAACUGAUGAGCAGGCUAUCAUCAAUGUUGUAGCUAACCGCUCCAAUGAUCAAAGGCAAAAAAUCAAGGCAGCCUUCAAGACUAUGUAUGGCAAGGAUUUAAUUAAAGAUCUGAAAUCUGAAUUAAGUGGAAAUGUGGAAGAAUUGAUUCUAGCACUCUUCAUGCCUAGCACCUACUAUGACGCCUGGAGUUUACGUCAUGCGAUGAAGGGAGUAGGCACCCAGGAGAGAGUGCUGAUUGAGAUCCUUUGCACGAGGACAAAUCAGGAAAUACGAGACAUAGUGAACUGCUAUAAGUCAGAAUUUGGAAGGGAUAUCGAACAAGACAUCAGAGCAGACACUUCUGGACACUUUGAACGAUUACUUGUAUCUAUGUGCCAAGGGAAUCGGGAUGAGAAUCAAAAUGUGGAUUAUCAAAAAGCUCAAGAAGAUGCUCAGCGUCUUUACCAAGCAGGAGAAGGAAAACUUGGGACUGAUGAAUCAUGCUUUAAUAUGGUUCUGGCAAGCAGAAGUUUUCCCCAAUUAAAAGCAACAGUUGAGGCAUACUCGAGGAUUGCUAAUCGUGAUUUGUUAAGCAGCAUCGAUCGAGAAUUUUCUGGAAACGUGGAACGUGGCUUGAAGGCUAUUUUGCAAUGUGCUUUAAAUCGCCCAGCCUUUUUUGCAGAAAGACUUUAUUAUUCUAUGAAAGGAGCUGGCACGGAUGAUUCCACUCUCAUCAGGAUUAUAGUCACUCGCAGCGAGAUUGAUCUUGUGCAAAUUAAACAGGUGUUCUCACAAAUGUAUCAGAAGACUUUGGCUUCAAUGAUAUCAAGUGAUACAAGUGGUGAUUACAGGCGUUUGCUACUGGCAAUUGUUGGUCAAUAGAAGAGGAUUAUCUGUUCGUUGGUUUUCAUUUUUAAAACAAACUGGAGGACAUGUAACAUGCUUUAUGCAGACACUGACCCCUUGUGCGUAAAAGAGUAAUUUUAAACACUAUAUAAUCAAAGAUGCCUUCUUGGUGAUUUAAUAAGCUUUUUGCACUUACCCUUGCCUUAAAUUUACAGCACAUAAUAUUCUUUAUUGUAUAAUAAAAGAUGUAUCUUGUCUAUUA